UGCACAAGAUGGCUGAUUUUGACGCGAUCUAUGAAGAGGAAGACGAAGAAGAACGAUUUUUCGAAGAAAGCGUAUCACGUCCUGUCCCAGACCCCGUGAUUAUUCGAGGGGGCGGUAACAUUACAGUGUUUGGUCUUAGCAACAAAUUUAGCACAGAAUUCCCUCAGGGUCUGGCAGCAAAGGUUGCUCCUGAAGAGUUUCAAGCCACAACUGAGAGAAUCAACAAUGUUCUGAAGAAAUCUCUGCCUAUGAAUGUCAAACUUCUAUUUUGUGGAUGCCUGUGCUGUUGUUGCACAUUAGGUUGCUCACUUUGGCCAGUUAUAUGUCUAAGUAAAAGGACAAAGCACUCCAUUGAAAAAGUAUUGGAUUGGGAGAACAGCCAUCUAUAUCACAAGUUGGGGUUACAUUGGAAGUUAUCAAAAAGACAUAUUGAUGCCAAUAGUAUGAUGGAAUAUGUCAUUCUAAUAGAAUUUAUUCCAAAAGUCCCCAUACUUCGUCCAGAUUGACCUCCAGAAGUCUCCAGAAGCAUGGAGGACACCCAUACUGUAUAUUUGAGCAUCACCCAUUUCAUUACAGCAUUUGUUUAUAUUCUUUUGAAUCAUGAUCAUUAUUGUUGAACGCAGAGAGUUCAGAGAUAAGACAAUAUUUUACUAGAAACUUCUAAAGAGAUUCAUGAACUCUCACUUUGCUUUGACAUAUGCAAAUGUUGUACCAAGUACAUCAUCAAAAUCGUAUCUUUUUGUAUGAACUAUGGAGCCACCAUCAAGAUCUUAUGUGACAUGAAAUGGGUUAAAUUUGAAGUAAGUUUACGUUAUUUUUAGUAAAUUUUAUGUUGCAAAAGUGUAAGAGUGGCACCUUCAGAAUAUAAGCUUAAGGUGUACAGAGUUUGAGAAGCAUUGCAAAGUGGAUGAAUCAAGAACGGGUCAAAGUAAAAAAAAAAAUCGACAUCUUUGAAUAAAAGGAAACUCCAAAGAACAGUUGUAUUAAGGUACUUGACACCUGUAUUUACAUCGUUCAGGAUGUUCAUUGGCUAUAUCUAAAACAAGGCAUGGUGACUGGGAAAGAGUCAAACUUGGAAUGUAAAGGAAACGGAAGUAAUACAAGCAGUGAGUCACACCAAGAAGUCGUGUGGUUCUACUUAUACGCCAGUCCUAAACCGGUUUGGCUAAAUG